CCCACAUUCCGCGGCCGCUUCUUUGGGCAACAAAAUUUGGUUUUGAUUUCAUGGUCACCAACACCUUCUCGAUCCACCACACGUACUUGAGAUAUGCGCGCGUAAUUCCCGCUCCUUUUUUAUCAACCCCCACAAGAGGCCACAAACCAACCCUUGUAGUCUCCUCCUUUCUUCUCUUUAAGCGUUUUCUUUUUCUUAUUUUCUUCCCAUAAUUCUACUCUUCCAUGGAUCUUCUUUGAUCAAGGUUUAAUUUGUUUAACUUUCUUUGCUGAGACAGCCAGCAAUAUAUAUAUAUGGCAACUACAAAAGGGAAAGACAGUAGCAACCUAGGGAAGGAGAAGAGGGUCACAUCCCCUCCAAAUUCUCGCACCGCAAUCACAAAAUGUCGUCCCAAAACACCCACCACAAGCACUGUUCAUCACAAGGCUUCCUCAACUACAACUGAAAAGCAAGUCCCAAGCUACCUCCGGCCAACGAUAAGCUCACGCCAUGAUCAAUCUCUCAGGUACGUGAAGAAAUCUGGCCCCGAGGCACCCAGUCUCAAUCGGAGAAGAUCUUUCGAGACAGCAUCGCCGCCGGCUUCCAGGCUACAAAGUUCAUUUGCCUCCCCCAGCCCUCGAGAGAGAACAGUAACAGUUCGUUCUACAUCGUUUUCACAAAAAACCACCAGUUCUCUAAAACCCGUUGUGGAGAGGACUUCCAAAACCCCCAAGGCUGGAAAAUCGCAGCUGUCAUAUGCAAGGGUAACGAAGAAGAGAACGAGUACUCCUCCUGCCACUAAGAAGGAAACUAAUGCUUCUGCUUCGGCAAUAGCUCCACAGGAUGUGGAUAUAACGGAAAAUUUUAGUCUUGAUACCGAGCAAGAUGAGGAAGAGUUUUUGGUUCAUGAGGUUGAAGACAUUAAUGUAGAGGUGGAAGAUCCUUCUGAAGUAGCAAAAUGCGAAAAUGAUGAGCUUAGUAAUGUUGCAGACUCUGAGGUUAACAAAGGUGAAGAUGAGAAAGUCAAGCUUUGUGACAUCCCUGAAGUUCCAGAAGAAAAAGGGAAUCAAACUGCUGAUAUUCAUGAAUCUGGAGAUAAAUUACAAGAAGAAAAAGCUGAGAAUCAACCCGAAGGAGAAGAGAAUAUUGGGAGCAAUGAGAUUCACCUAGAAGAGAGUAGUGUGGCAAGUGAUCAGGCAACAAUUGAUCAGGUCAAAGAAGAUAAAGGAGAAGAAGGUACUGCUGAAGACAAAGAGUCUGUGGAUGAAAACAAGCGUGAGGAAAACUUGGAGGAUGAGAAAGAAGCGGUGGAUGGGGGAAGCGGGGAGCCUAUUUUGAAGGAAGAAGAAAAUGUGGAGGGUGUCAGCGUUGAAGAAACAAAGUCAGAAGUGGCGGCGGAUAAUAUAGAAAUAUCAUCCAAGGAAGAACAAAAUCUCGAUGGUGGCGUUGAUGCAGUUACAAAGCCCGAGGAGGCGAAUAGUACUACGGCAAUGUCAUCGAAGCGGCAAGUGGGAUCCGCCGGGAAAAAGGAAUCUCCUCCGGCGUAUAAUGAUGUUAUUGAGGAGACUGCAAGCAAGCUGUUGGAGAAGAGGAAGAACAAGGUGAAAGCACUGGUUGGGGCAUUUGAGACUGUCAUAGACAAAGAAGCCUCAUCCAAAUGAGACACCCCCCCGUGCACGUACGUCGUUUGGAUGGGGACUAUGUUUGUUAAUUAAUUUUCCGUACAGUUUGAUAAUAUUGUUGUAUUAAUUAUUAAUUACAUUUCAGUGUAUGAAUCAUGCAUAUAUAGUAUAAUCGAUCUAUAAAUAGUCCCUUUAAUUUGCCUUUCUUUA